AUGAUGAUGCCUCCGGGGACCAGCCUACUAGGCGGAGAUGAUAUCUUAGAGGGCCUCCCGCCUAGCACGCAUAGGUAUCAAUACGAGUGUGAGCAGCAGUUUCUCGACGUUAUGUUCCGGGAACAUGAUCUUUGGUCACGUGGAGAGACCAACGAAUUCGUCGUCUUCAUCAACUUAGACGAGCGCACCUUCCAUCGCGGUUUCCUCGAAUCUAGCGAGAAGCUGAUAAACAACUCCUGGCAAUCUUACUCCUCGUUGUCUCAGUGUCUCCACGCAAGAAUGAAGACUGGAACCCACGAAGAGCUCCACUUCGCAUUUUACGAUCUGUUGAGAGAAAAGCUGGUCCCAAUGGGCCUCGGCCAUUCGCUGCAUAGACAAGGGGGUCGUACUACUUCCGGUGGCCCCAAAGGCAAGCAGGCCGACAACGGCCUCUACCCACGACGCCUUCCGCCUGGACGCACAGACAAGUGGCCCUCGGUUGUAAUCGAGGUGGCUUUCUCAGAGUCGAAAACCAAACUUCGAUGUGAUCUCGAUUGGUGGCUUUCUCAGUCAAACGGAGAUGUCAAAACCGCAAUCAGUCUCUCCACCAACAAGUCGAAACGAGAAAUCAUCAUUGAGGCAAGGGAAAUGGUCGAAGGCUCAAAGGGAAGAGCACCAGCACUUCAGCAACAAGUUGUCAUUCGGAAACAGACGGCCGACAGCAUUACCAGCGUGACAAAUGCGCCUUUUACCAUUGCGUUCGAAAGUCUGUUGCUGCGUCCAACGACCCAGCCGGCAGAAGGAGAUCUUGAACUCACGGAAGAUGAUCUACAGAAAUUGGCUGAAGAGGUCUGGGAGACACAGUCGUUUAGAGACCGCACAAUGGAAAUGGGCGAUCACUUAUCUGAGGACGGCAUGUGA